ACAAAAUACAAGUUGACACGACAAUGGAGGCUUCAAAUGACUCUCAAAUUGAAACAAACUCUGACACAUCUGAGAAAGAACACAGCAAGAGCAUAAGCAGAGAGUUGAAGUCAUUAAUAAAUUCUGCUAAGGAAUCUAAGAUUAUAAGUGAAUGUACUCAACUUACAAGUAAGACAAGGAAGUCACGAGUCAUGUUGGAGAGCCCUAACACUAGUCUUAACUCAUCUGUUGAGGCAGAUAAAAUUCAAGGAACAAGGAGGAACAGUAAUAACUCUCAGAAGAGCAACUGCAGUGAGAAAUCUGAUAAGAUGACAUUGAAGAGGUCCAUGAGGUCACAGAAUCCAGAGUUUGUCAGUAAAGUCAAACAGUUUUUGAACUCUGUUACUGGUAAGAGUCAAAAAGAUGAAGAUAUAACUGAUGAUGAGAUUGAGGAUAAAGUUUCCAACAAGAAUGAUGAGUCUCCAUCACACACAAGCACACCCAAGAAGAGGAAGUUAGAACUCAUUGUGAGUAUGUCUAGAGUUAUAAUCUUUUAUUGCAAAAUGGUCAUUCAAACUUUAUUUAUUACAUAAAAAUUAAAUUUCACA